AUGGCCAAACCGCAGAAGCCGCAGAAGCAGCAACGGAAGCGAGCGCCUGGAAUGGGUGGCCUGCUGGCCGUUCUGGCCGUCAUGACCGCCCUGCUCUCGGCUGCCGUCUUCCUCGUCGACCAGAAUCUCGACAGGUUCUACAUCUUCGAGCUGGACCACCUGCGGGACGUGUCCCAACGUGCCAUCGCGCAGCACGGGAACAGUACCAAGGACAUUGUUCGGUACAUCGUGGACGAGCUCAAGGAGAGGUCGCCGGCGCACGUCAACGUCCACGAGGAGUGGAUGUUCAACAAUGCCGGCGGUGCCAUGGGUGCCAUGUACAUCAUUCACGCCAGCACGGCCGUUGGCACCGAGGGCCACACCGGCCGCCACACCGCAGACGACUACUUCCACAUCCUCUCGGGCACGCAGCUGGCCUACGUCCCGGGAGAAUACGCGCCCGAGGUCUACCCGCAAGGCACCGUCCACCAUCUCCGCCGGGGCGACGUGAAGCAGUACAAGAUGCCCGACGCCUGCUUCGCCCUCGAGUACGCCCGUGGCUGGAUCCCCCCCAUGCUCUUCUUUGGCUUCGCCGAUGGCCUCUCCAGCACUCUCGAUCUGCCGACUCUAUGGACCACCACCCGCGUCACCGGCCGCGAGAUGAUUUCCAACCUCCUCAAGGGCAAGUUUUGA